UUUGCACUGAAUUUGGAAAAAUGACUGAGAAAUGUCGGGGAAUGUUGAGCCUAGGUUUUUACAGGCAGCGUUCCAAAAUGGCGAUUUUGCGCGGGGUUAAUUCUUGCAUGUACAAUUCUGCAGUUUGUUCGGUGGGUAGCUAGUUGUGGUGUGGUAUGGUGCUGAAGAAUUGGAUUGUAGCGUGGGUAUUCUGUAGCGUUGCAUCAUUUGGACAUGUUGGGAAUCUUGCUUGAUAUCUCACACAUGUAUUGUUAAGCAAGCUUGAUUGAUGGCAACCGAGACGUUCAAGAUGCAAGCUAUCAGUGCCACAACCCAACAGCAGCAGAUUUCAGCACCUACUAUUAUUACCACUCACCAGGCACAGCACCAGCCUAGCACACAGACCAUACAGGCACAGCAGUUUGUACAAGUUGCAGCCCCAGUGACUGAGCCAGUGAAGGAUGUCCCCUCAGCCGGUACCACAGUCACCCUACAGACGAUUCCCGUCAGCCAGUCCUCCCAGCAAAGCAUCUACCAAGGACCAGUGCAGUACGUAGACGGAACCGAUCACACCAGUUCCAUCUAUGCUAACGGUGCUAUGGCAAACUAUCCUUACAGUGAAGCUACAACGAUGUACACCCAGGCCACCCCGGCCGGAGGGGCCACGUACUACUCAUCAGGACAGGCUCUUGCCUCUGGACCACUUGGAAGCAUCCAGACCAUAGGAGGGUCCAACAUGUCUGUGGGUGGUACCACUAUCGUUGGAGGGAACAUCAUCGGAGGGAAUCUACUGGGAGGGCCGCAACUCAUCACGCAACAGGGGAAUACGUAUCUUUUACAAGGGCACACGAUGGAUGGAAACGGGCACCCUCUUACCCACACCACACGGGCAUCACCCGCCACAGUAAGACCACUGGUCCAGUGGUUGUUGGAUAACUACGAGUGUGCAGAGGGUGUAAGUUUACCCCGAAGCACCCUCUUCAAUCACUACAUGAGGCACUGUCAGGAGCAUAAGAUCGACCCUGUCAAUGCGGCCUCCUUUGGGAAGCUCAUCCGCUCUGUGUUUCUUGGUCUGAGAACUAGAAGACUAGGAACAAGGGGGAACUCCAAAUACCAUUAUUAUGGGAUCCGUAUCAAGAGUUCGUCACCUCUCAAUCAGUACCAGGAAGAGAGCGGCCACACAGCCAUGAGACAGCAACCCAUCAACUCUGCUAAGAGAUUCAAGCCAUCUCCAAUAGGCAGCAAACAAGACGGCACAGAGGGAGGGGGGUCGAUAAGUGGGACAGCAGCCCAAGACCCAGUGCAGACUCAGACCCAGCAGCACCAGCAGUUCCUUGGGGAUGCCUCUUUGGCUCUACCCGACUUCACCGAGCUCAAGUUUGGUACCACCCCUCUGCCAGAUGGAGUAACGCAUGAUGAUGUAAAAGCCUUCCAGAGCCUAUACAGGGAACACUGUGAGGCAAUCCUUGAUGUGGUGGUCAACCUUCAGUUUGCGUUGAUUGAAGCAUUGUGGCAAACCUUCUGGAGAAAUCCUCCCACCGAUGCACAGCAGAACGAGGUGGAUGUAGAGAAAAGACUUCCAAAAGCCAAGCUGAUUUCUUUAUGUCAGACUGAUCCAGUGCAGGACUAUGUCAAACACUACGACCAUGUAUUAUACCAGGGACUAGUCGAGGUACUAAUACCGGAUGUACUGCGCCCAAUACCAAGUGCCUUGACGCAAUCCAUCCGUAACUUUGCAAAGACGUUAGAGACGUGGCUCAAGAACAGUAUGACGGGCAUUCCACAAGAUAUGAUCGGCCUCAAGGUUGGGGCCGUGACAGCCUUUGCUCAAACCCUCCGCCGUUACACCUCACUCAAUCACUUAGCCCAGGCAGCCAGAGCCGUUCUGCAGAACACCUCCCAGAUCAACCAGAUGCUCAGUGAUCUCAACCGGGUGGACUUUGCAAAUGUACAGGAACAAGCAUCCUGGGUGUGCCAAUGUGAUGACCAGAUGGUACAGCGUCUAGAGCAGGAUUUCAAAUCCACCCUACAGGAACAGAACUCACUGGAGCAGUGGGCCGCAUGGCUAGAAGGGGUGGUCACAGAGGUCCUGGAGCCCCACGAGAACUCACCAAACUUUGCCAAGGCAGCUCGGCAGUUCUUACUCAAGUGGUCUUUUUACAGUUCCAUGGUGAUCCGUGACUUGACGCUGCGUAGUGCCGCAAGCUUUGGGUCGUUCCAUUUAAUACGUCUGCUCUACGAUGAAUUCAUGUUCUACCUGAUUGAGCAUAGGGUGGCGGCAGCCACAGGAGAAACCCCUAUUGCCGUAAUGGACAAAGUGGACCUGGUGGAACCACCCUUGGCCAACUCAUUACCCACAACCAACAGUGUCAAUACCAUCAUUAUCAAUGCUCCUACCCCUGUAGCUAACUCAGCGCACAAGAUGGUCAACAACAAGUGAUGAGGACUUCCGCCUGUGUCGUCCUCCCUACUACCCCCACCUUCACCACACAGGUAUACGGCAAGUCCGCUUCUGUACGUACUUUUGGUUUUUUUUAGCUCUUGUGGUUUCCUGUUUUCGACAACAAAAUGUAUUUGAGAUUUUUAUUAGUGAAUUUUCACAAAGUGAGCAAAGGUUUGGGAUAUAUAUACUAAAGGUCGGUUAUUUUUUGGUGGGAUACAACGUGUUUUCUAUAUUGUCCCCAUCAGAAGAGUAGUUUUCCUUGUGUGAUAAAAUACCCCGAUUGAGGUUCGACUACAGACUUGCACCCAAUGUGGUUAACCUCGGCACCAUAAACAAUCUGUUAGACAGGGUAGGAUCCAGUUAGCAUAAGAGUAUAUUAUUAUAUAUUGGCACCUGAUUGACGUAUAUACUUAUAGCCCCAUUGGGAGAAAGGGUUUCAAAUAGUAUCGGAGUAUCUAGUUUAAGCGGUUCUUGUGACUUGCUCUGUUCCCUCCAGCUGUAGGUACCGUUAGCUUGGCCUGAAAUACCCACUGGCCAAAGACCACUGACUCAUGUUAGACCUAGGCCAGUAUUAAACACUUUUGCUAAACAAUUAAUAAUAACCGUUUUUAUAACGCGCCUUUUUUCCAAAGGAUACAAAGCGCCAGGUAUUUACUGCUAGGUGAGUGGGACAAAGUUUGAAUUAUAAGAGCUAAUCCAUGUAAUGGUUUUCAAGGUGCUGUGGCGCAUUAUGGUGCUUAUCCAGCCAGGAACACCGGGGCGAACCCCUUCUCUUUUCGA